GUUUCCCCAGUGGAAGAAUUUCACCGUCACUAAACUUUGUGGGGAGUUCCCACACGCAAACGCGCAUCUUGAAGAAAACUUUUUGAAGGACAACCAUCUCGGUUUCGAGGAAAUCCAGGAGAUGCAUUUCAUUCAGUAUUGGUACUUAGGUGGUGGGGAGGGAGGAAACCAUGACAACAUGUAAACACAGUUGUUCUACUAACAAGUCAUUGAGAUGUCGUCUCGUCCGACAACGAUCAAAGAAGCAUUGAAGCGGUGGGAAGAGAAACAUACAGGGGCCAACAUUUCGGAGGCGAAAGAAGUAAAUCUUCAGUGGCAAUGGCCGCCAAUAGAAAAGAUGGACAACUCGCUGUCCGUCCUCACCGCAUGCGAGAAACUAUCCCUGUCAACCAACAUGAUUGAGAAAAUAGCUGGAAUAAGUUCACUGAAAAAUUUGAAGAUAUUGUCUUUGGGGCGGAACUAUGUGAAAAAUUUCGCGGGACUGGAAGCUGUCGGUGACAGUUUAGAGCAGUUGUGGAUUUCUUACAAUUUGAUUGAGAAGAUAAAGGGGGUGAACGUGCUGCGCAAACUCAAAGUCCUCUACAUGUCCAACAACCUGGUGAAAGAUUGGGUCGAGUUCAACCGACUGGCGGAGAUACCCAUGCUGGAAGACCUCCUCUUCGUAGGCAACCCGCUGCACGAGAACACCGACGAGUCCGUGUACCGGGGCGAGGUCAUGAAGAGGCUGCCGAACCUCACCAAGCUGGACGGCGAGCCAGUCAUCCGAGAGAUGUGACUCUCCCUCUCCGACUCUUUUUUCCUCGUUUGUCGCGCAAUAUCCGCAACCAUCGCUUUGUUUCUCUGGAAAUGAUUUAUUCCUUUCGUUUUAUACUCAUUUGUCGGCCAGGCUGGGGCGGAAUAUUGAGUUCGGUGUGCGCGGCGGGACUGUGCAUGGGCAAAUAGGUACCCCUCCCCUCCCCCCGAUGGCCCUAGCGGCCCUAGUAGGAAUGCCCGGCGCAAUGGCGAUGCGCCACGCCACGCCACGCCGAGAUAUAAUGGGGCGCACCAACACAAUAACUCGAGUGUGUGGAUUGUCCGGCGAUGCACCGCCAGCACCGCCUGCAUUCGCCGCCCCGUCAUCCGGAGCCCCUCUCUCUCGCUCUCUCUCGUUUGGACAAGGGUGGCAAUAUGCGCAUUAUUCACGGGCUCAUGCGCCGCGGAAUUUACGAGGUAGGCAGCCACGCUGGCAGCGCGCGAGGCGGCACGGCGCGGCACGGCACGGCCACACGCCACGCACCCUCCCGCAGUGUGCGCACCCCCAUUCAACUCAAGGCUGUCCCACUAGUCAUCCUACACCCCGACGACGGUACGACGGUCAGAUAGCCUCCUGGCACGUGCGAUGUGUGAUCCGCGUCCCUCUACGUCCCUCGGCACCCUUCCUCUGACAGGCGAGAAGGGCUCCAGAUCUGGGAUUGUUGCUCGACACCGCGUCGAGAGGCGCCGAAUAUCGUCCGGGGGACCGAGAGCUUGAACCUUGAACCUCGGCGUCGGCAGUGGCGGAACCUUUGCGUUGUGCGCAACCACGCCAGGGAAAAAUCAAAGUGACGUCUGAGUGAACCCAUUUUGGACGUCAUUUUGACUGCAGUCCUGCAGUCCGUAGACAGGAAGACAUGAACCCCGUCCCGUUUCCCGUUCGAGACCUGAGAGCCCUCCCGAGCCCCAACCCCAACUGGCGAGUUGAGCCGAGUCCCGCGGGGGCCCUUGCCGUUGUCUUCUCGGAGGAUGCACCUUGCGCCCGUUGGACAUGGCAUCCCCGUUCGGCGCCGAUCGGCGAUUCGGCAAAGGCGUGAGUCCGGCCGUGGCCGGGGCCGUGGCGCUCUCAGACACGUGCCGGGCGAAGACACGUGUGGACAGACACGUGCGCAGAAUGGCCAAGGUGACUGCAUAUCAACAAAAACAUUCUAGCAGCGACAAAGACGUUGUUGUUGUUGUUGCUGGAUGCGGCACGCGGACCGGACAACAAGUGGCCAAUAACAUGACACGACUCAUGCAAGGCGUGUCGUGGCGCGGCACGUGCACCCACUUAGGGUCUCGUUUUAUUAGUUUUAUUCAAUACAAAGGGUCGGUCGGGUGGCGAUGCGGGGACAGUAGGGACUGCGGGGUGGUGGUGUGUUCGUCCUCUCCAAAGUGCAUUUCAUUUCCUCCGCCACGCUAUGCCAUGUAUGUCCGUCCGAUGGUGAUUUUAAUAAAACAACCUGACAGCGAUGCCUUCAUUGUGAUGAAAAAUAAUAACUCUGCCCCCCCCCCAAAAUGCCAAUGAAAUGCUUGGUUUUGGGCGACUCUUGUUUAUUCCCGUUUAUCAAUUUCAAUUUUUUCGCGAGUAUUUUUUUUUCUUUUGUUAUG